UCCUCAGAAGUAAGAAGAAGAAUAAGAAGCUGCCUGUCUUCUGUUUUUUUUUUUUUUUUUUGUUUCUGAAGGAAAAACCAGUAAGUCUCAUGAUGAACAUCUUCAAGAAGAAAACAUCCCCCAAAGAUGCUUUGCGGACAAGCAAGAGAGAAAUGGCCGUUGCAACCCGAGGCAUUGAACGUGAGAUUGCAUCUCUUCAGCUGGAGGAAAAGAAAUUGGUGGCAGAGAUCAAGAAGACGGCCAAAACUGGCAAUGAGGCUGCUACUAGAAUUUUAGCUCGCCAACUUGUACGACUGCGGCAACAAAUAACUAAUUUGCAGGGGAGUCGUGCACAAAUCAGAGGUGUAGCAACUCAUACACAGGCAUUAUAUGCCAGUACCUCAAUAUCCACAGGAAUGAAAGGUGCAACUAAGGCAAUGGUGGCAAUGAACAAGCAAAUGGCUCCUGCAAAGCAAGCAAAAGUAAUAAGAGAAUUCCAAAAGCAGUCAGCACAAAUGGACAUGACGAUAGAGAUGAUGUCAGAAGCUAUUGAUGAAACUUUAGAUAAAGAUGAGGCUGAAGAGGAAACAGAGGAGCUCACCAACCAGGUGCUUGAUGAGAUUGGUGUGGAUAUUGCUUCUCAGUUAUCUUCAGCUCCAAAGGGUCGGAUUGCAUCCAGGAAUGCUGCUCCUGCACCCGAGGUUAAUGCUAGGUCUGAAUCGACGGAUGUUGAUGAGCUCGAAAAAAGGUUGGCAUCUCUUCAUAUGCAGAGCCAGCUUGUCUGUAGUGGGUGUAGGAGCAUUCUUCUUUAUCCUAGAGGGUCUACAAAUGUUUGCUGUGCAUUAUGCAAUACAAUUACACAAGUCCCUCCUCCUGGGAUGGAAAUGGCUCAACUCAUAUGUGGAGGUUGUAGAACAUUGCUAAUGUAUACACGUGGAGCUACAAGUGUAAGAUGCUCUUGCUGUCACACCAUUAACCUUGCACCAGCAUCCAACCAGAUUGCUCACAUCAAUUGCGGGCACUGCCGUACCACAUUAAUGUAUCCAUAUGGAGCUCCAUCAGUCAAAUGUGCUGUCUGUCAAUAUGUUACUAAUGUUGGUAUGGGCAAUGUUAGGGUUCCACAUCCUUUAAACAGACCUAAUGGGAUGUCUGCCGCAGGGACUAUGCCAUCUACUUCAACAAGCCAAACAGUUGUCGUUGAGAACCCCAUGUCUGUUGAUGAGAGUGGCAAAUUGGUGAGCAAUGUCGUGGUUGGCAUAACGACCGACAAAAAAUGAAUGAUGCAAUGAGAAUUUUGGGUUUGAUUGCUCUUUUAUCUGAUAAGAAACAUUGCCAUGGUUGCCAGGAAAUUGGUUGUGUAUAUUGUGUUGAAAAUGGAAACCAGUAACAUUUAUUCAAGGAACUGUGUGUCCAUGUCCAUGUCCAUGAUGAGGCAGUGAAAAUGUGUUAUGUACAUUUUGUGCAUGAGAGAGAUGGAAUUCCGACAGUAAAAUAAUGCAUUUAUGUUUGUUCUUAUAUUAUGUCAGGUUUAGUUUUAAUUUAUA